ACGGCGCGCUGCGUGCGAUUAUCUUCAGGAAUCAUCCUCGUUGUCGUCGUCCUGCAAAGGUGAUCGGUCACAUACUAUGCCCUAUUGAGAGAAGAUUCUCAUUAAGAUGCUGCGGCGUGCUACCGCUGCUCUUUUCACCCUGUUGAUUGCUACAUCCGUGUCGCAACUCACUCAGGAACCAAGAAGUAGUAAACGGGAUAACGAUGUGGUUCUGAAUAUUAGCGAUGAACAAAAGGUUCAAUAUUUAAGUCAAAAUAUUGACUCGCAAGCAUACAAAUAUGGUUAUGACGUCGGUCCAAAUGGUCAAUUCCAUCAUGAAGUGCGUGGACCAGAUGGUAUCACCUACGGAUGUUAUGGUUACAUUGAUCCGUUCGGUCAACUGAAAUCAACGUUUUACAUCAGUGAUGGAUGGGGUUAUCGCGUUGUUCGGCCCGGAAAGGAAGUGGAAUUAUUCAUUCACCAACACGAACAUCAUCAAACCGAGGCCAGUCAUGAUCAUCAUGAACAUCACGGAGUGAUUACGCCGUGGCGAGAAUUGUAUUUUCCCGCAGUAUGCACACAAUACGAAAACACGAAUAUUCCACCUCAUGUAAAACCAGGUGCAGGAACAGCACCUAUCGGAAGCGGAUCAACGAUAGAUGCACGACCGACUGAACCUCCUUAUAAGCCUGGAUAUCCGAAUACGCCUGGAACGCCAGGAACACACGGUACCCCAGGCACACCAGGUAAGCCAGGAACGUCGGCUUAUCCAGGACAACCAGGAACAUCUGGUACUCCAGGAAUUUCGGGCAUACCGAGUUUAUCACCGCAACCAGGAUAUCCUGGUAUUCCUGAAACACCAGGGAUAUCCGGUAUUCCAGGAAGGCCAGGAUCACCGUCUUAUCCGGGAUAUCCAGAAACUCCUGGCACUCCUGGAAUUCCCGGCUCAUCUGGAUUACCCUCACGACCAGAAUAUCCCAGUACACCUGGAACGCCAGGGACACCCGGUAUCCCAGGAAAGCCAGGAACAUCGUCUUAUCCGGGGUAUCCAGGCACACCUGGCAUUCCUGGAACCCCGGGCGCACCGGGAUUGCCAUUACGACCAGGAUAUCCGGGCACACCUGGAAUACCAGGAACACCCGGUACUCCAGGAACGCCAGGGACAUCAGGAACACCGGCUUAUCCGGGACAUCCAGGCACACCUGGCAUUCCUGGAACCCCGGGCACACCGGGAUUACCACUACGACCAGGAUACCCAGGCACACCUGGAACGCCAGGAACACCUGGUACCCCAGGCACACCAGGAAAACCAGGAACGCCGGCUUAUCCGGGACAUCCAGGAACACCUGGCAUUCCUGGAACGCCAGGAACACCAGGUACACCAGGUAAGCCAGGAACACCGGCUUAUCCAGGACAACCAGGAACAUCUGGUACUCCAGGAACUCCGGGCAUACCGGGUUUACCACCGCAACCAGGAUAUCCUGGUACGCCUGGAACACCAGGGACAUCCGGUACUUCAGGAAGGCCAGGAACACCGUCUUAUCCGGGGUAUCCAGGCACACCUGGCAUUCCUGGAACUCCGGGCACACCGGGAUUGCCACCGCAACCAGGCACACCUGGGACGCCAGGAACACCCGGGACACCAGGAACGCCAGGGACAUCAGGAACGCCGGCUUAUCCGGAACAUCCAGGUUCAUCUGGCAUUCCUGAAACCCCGGCCACACCAGGAUUGCCACUACGACCAGGAUAUCCAAGCACACCUGGUAUUCCUGGAACCCCAGACACACCGGGAUUGCCACCACGACCAGGAUAUCCAGGCACACCUGGAACGCCAGGAACACCUGGUACUCCAGGCACACCAGGAAAACCAGGAACGCCGGCUUAUCCGGGGCAUCCAGGCACACCUGGCAUUCCUGGAACCCCGGGCACACCGGGAUUGCCACCACGACCAGAAUACCCAGGCACACCUGGAACGCCAGGAACACCUGGUACCCCAGGCACACCAGGAAAACCAGGAACGCCGGCUUAUCCGGGGCAUCCAGGCACACCUAGCAUUCCUGGAAUCCCGGGCACACCGGGAUUACCACCACGACCAGGAUAUCCAGGCAUACCUGGAACGCCAGGAACACCUGGUACCCCAGGCACACCAGGAAAACCAGGAACGCCGGCUUAUCCGGGGCAUCCAGGCACACCUGGCAUUCCUGAAACUCCGGGCACACCGGGAUUGCCACCACGACCAGGAUACCCAGGCACACCAGGAGCGCCAGGAACACCAGGCAUACCUGGAACGCCAGGAACACCGUCUUAUCCGGGGUAUCCAGGCACACCUGGCAUUCCUGGAACUCCGGGCACACCGGGAUUGCCACCACGACCAGGAUACCCAGGCACACCUGGAACGCCAGGAACACCUGGUACUCCAGGCACACCAGGAAAACCAGGAACGCCGGCUUAUCCGGGGCAUCCAGGCACACCUGGCAUUCCUGGAACCCCGGGCACACCGGGAUUGCCACCACGACCAGGAUACCCAGGCACACCUGGAACGCCAGGAACACCUGGUACCCCAGGCACACCAGGAAAACCAGGAACGCCGGCUUAUCCGGGGCAUCCAAGCACACCUAGCAUUCCUGGAAUCCCGGGCACACCGGGAUUACCACCACGACCAGGAUAUCCAGGCAUACCUGGAACGCCAGGAACACCUGGUACCCCAGGCACACCAGGAAAACCAGGAACGCCGGCUUAUCCGGGGCAUCCAGGCACACCUGGCAUUCCUGAAACUCCGGGCACACCGGGAUUGCCACCACGACCAGGAUACCCAGGCACACCAGGAGCGCCAGGAACACCAGGCAUACCUGGAACGCCAGGAACACCGUCUUAUCCGGGGUAUCCAGGCACACCUGGCAUUCCUGGAACUCCGGGCACACCGGGAUUGCCACCGCAACCAGGAUACCCAGGCACACCUGGAACGCCAGGAACACCUGGUACCCCAGGCACACCAGGAAAACCAGGAACGCCGGCUUAUCCGGGCCAUCCAGGCACACCUGGAUACCCAGGCACACCUGGAACGCCAGGAACACCUGGUACCCCAGGCACACCAGGAACGCCGGCUUAUCCGGGGUAUCCAGGCACACCUGGCAUUCCUGGAACCCCGGGCACACCGGGAUUGCCACCACGACCAGGAUACCCAGGCACACCUGGAACGCCAGGAACACCUGGUACCCCAGGCACACCAGGAAAACCAGGAACGCCGGCUUAUCCGGGGCAUCCAGGAACACCUGGUACCCCAGGCACACCAGGAAAACCAGGAACGCCGGCUUAUCCGGGGCAUCCAGGCACACCUGGCAUUCCUGGAACCCCGGGAACACCUGGCAUCCCAGGCACACCAGGAAAACCAGGAACGCCGGCUUAUCCGGGGCAUCCAGGCACACCUGGCAUUCCUGGAACCCCGGGAACACCUGGCAUCCCAGGCACACCAGGAAAACCAGGAACGCCGGCUUAUCCGGGGCAUCCAGGCACACCUGGCAUUCCUGGAACCCCGGGCACACCGGGAUUGCCACCACGACCAGGAUACCCAGGCACACCUGGAACGCCAGGAACACCUGGUACUCCAGGCACACCAGGAAAACCAGGAACGCCGGCUUAUCCGGGGCAUCCAGGCACACCUGGCAUUCCUGGAACCCCGGGCACACCGGGAUUGCCACCACGACCAGGAUACCCAGGCACACCUGGAACGCCAGGAACACCUGGUACCCCAGGCACACCAGGAAAACCAGGAACGCCAACUUAUCCGGGGCAUCCAGGCACACCUGGCAUUCCUGGAACCCCGGGCACACCAGGAUUGCCACCACGACCAGGAUACCCAGGCACACCUGGAACGUCAGGAACACCUGGUACCCCAGGCACACCAGGAAAACCAGGAACGCCGGCUUAUCCGGGGCAUCCAGGCACACCUGGAACACCAGGAACACCCGGUACUCCAGGAACGCCAGAGACAUCAGGAAUACCAGCUUAUCCGGGACAUCCAGGAACACCUGGUACUCCUGAAAUUCCGAGCACAUCAGGACAUCCUGGCAGGCCUGGAAUACCCGGUACACCCGGUAUCCCAGGUACACCGGGAAGACCGUGUACAUCGUCAUACCCCGGAUAUCCAGAAACUUCGGGCAAACCAGAUAUAUCAGGAAGACCAGAAAAACCAAGUACUCCAUCAUAUCCUGAAACUUCGAGCACAGUGGAUAAUCCAGUUGUUCCUUCAAAACCUGUCGGACCUGUUUAUCCAGGUUAUCCUUCUUAUCCCGGUUAUCCAGAGUAUCCGGAAGGUUCAAAUGGUCCACAAGGCCCUGAUGGCUCAAUUGGCGGUAUAGGUGGUAUCGGUGGUGUAGGUGGUGAGGGAGGAGAUGGACCUAAUGGACCUGAUGGUCCAUGGCCAACUGGUUCACCGGGUCCUGAUGGACCCUGGCCUGGUGAUCCAGGGUAUAUGCCUAGAAUAAAACCAACAAGUAGACCUUCGUACACGAGACCAAACAGAAAUCGAUAUCCUAAAAUUUAUUCAUUUGAUACUGACAAUUAUAAUCCUGCUACGAAAUAUUAUUCCAAAAACAAGAUUGAUUCUUCAUAUACAGGCAAUACUGUAAAAGAUAAUGAAUUGACAAAGUUAUCUCAUUCGACAAACGUUAAUUCACCAUUAUAUAAAGGUCAUGAAGAGUAUAAAUCACAAUAUGAAACCGAACCUAUACCAUCAAUUUAUGAAAAAGAAGGAAUCAUUCACAAUGCAGAUGAGAUCAAUUCACUUUUGCAAACUGGCCCGACAUCGUCAUCAUUGCAAUACAACAGUGAAGAUUAUCAAAAUAUAGAUUCACUCAAGCUGAUUUCACGACCUUAUGAUAAUACUACUCAAUUUGGGUUGAGAAAAAUAAAGAAGCCAUCAAAGAAUGAUUUCAAUCAAUUUUCUGUGCAUGAUCAAGAUCAAUAUCAGAAGUCAGUAUUCUAUUCGCCUGAUAACUUGCAACAGCUACCUUCUAAAGGUCGAUCGAGUAAAUCUGGGCUACAAGACAGUGUAAAUGAACAGUACAAUAAUUCUACCGACGUGGAUAACAAAUCAAUUCCUAAUCUAUCUUUUCAGUCGGAUGGACUCUUCAAUGCGGGAGGACAGGUAAAUACACGUUUUGAACAGUCAUUCCAGGCGAAUCCCGGCCUCGACGCUAUUGGGGUUCAGCCACCCAGCUCCAUCAAUGUCAAGCCCUUUUCGUUACCUAUAGGGCCAGAUCCGCAAGCAUGUCCUUGUUAUUUAAUCGAGUCAAAUAAUAAUACAAAUAUAUCAGCCAGCACGACUCCCAUUCCUGUCAUUGGUCAGAUCGGAUUCAUUCCUGUUAUCUUUGUACCAUACUGUCCCGGUGAUGAAAUGGACAGCAAUAAGAUGAAAGUCAUGUUCUCAUCCGUUACCCCCGUUCCAUAUGCAUGCGACGCAUGUGGCAUACAAGAUGGUAAUUUUGGAAUAAAAACGAUCGAUGUAAGCCAGCUUGGCAAUAUCGAUUAUCUCAAACAGGUGUUGAGUCAAGCCAAUCUUGGCUUUUUGAAUGUUCCAGUGAAGAGCAAUGCCGUACGAAGGAAGAGCAGAGGCAGGAAAACACAAGAAUGAGAAAGGAAUAAUUUAUUGCUUUUAAAUCGCGAUUAUAUAUUUAGAAAAAAGAGAGCUUAUAUAUUCUUUUGGAAAAUAUAAAUAAAUAUAGGAUAUUGGCAUUGCCUGUCCGCCAGCUGAUUAGCUGAUGGAUAGCCAAUUAGAGAUACUUAUAUAAUAAUUGUCGGAAUAACCAAAGUUAGAAUACAUGAAUAAUUUAGAGCAAAAAUAUUUUUAAUUGUCAAUUUUUUUUAGCAUUGUUAAUUUCAUUUGUAGAUACAUUUAAUUCUUUGUUCACAUAAGAUACAAACAAACAGAUAUAUAUCUGUUCAAUAAAAUCUCAAUCUAAUCAAUUAAAAUUUAAAAAUCUGAACAUAAAUUUAGAAGUUGUAAGACUCACUUUAAAUAUAAACAUAUAAAGCAUAAAAAAAUACUAUAAAUUAUAAAUAUAAUCUAAUAAUAUCUUUGUUUUGAAUCUUUUAUAUUGCUUUAUUAUUUUAUUACUUUUACAUAUGCUAUCUUGUUAUUUUACCUUAUUUAUAUGACUUACAAAAAUUAACAACUUCAUUUAAAAAUCAAUAUAGAAUUUACGAUACUUCUAUUAUAUCGUUGCUUAUAUUCAUUCAUUUAAUAUUUAAUUUGAUUUGAAUCUAGUGAGAUCUUUUGUAGACGCCACUUCCAUUUCGCGUUCCGACAUAUCCUACCAAUAUCCUAAUAUUUAUUAUUAUAAUUUAUAUAUGAGAGGAAUUAUAAAUAUUUUUAUAUCGUGUUUUAUAUUACAUUUAAAAGUGAAAUUAAAUAUAAAAGUAAAAUUAAAUAGUAUAUAAAAUAAAGAAUUAGAUUUAUUGUUAGAAAUAUAGAUUUAUAUAAUAAAAUAUAUAGAAGUU